AUGGAUGAUAAACAUACUGGAUAUGUAAAGCUAACUGAUAUUGAAAAUCGCUGGCGUGACGACCGCACCAAAGGUCUUCCCCGUGGUGUCAUAGAGAGCUUACAAAAAGUAGCCUCCCACGAUGGCUUAUUAACCUUUGAGUCUUUCUGUACAGGUCUAAAAAUAUGCUUAUUACGUAAUCAAGUUCACAAUGCGUCUAAAAAAGUUAGUAGCAUAGAAGAAAUCGAAAAUUCUGUAAUGCAUUCACAAGUAAGCGCUCAAGUACAUCGACCACCAUCAGCUCCAUUACUUGACGUUAACACUGCCCAAAAUCGGGAUAGAAACUGGAUUACAAGAAAUCCAGAAACUUCGCAUCAUGGCCAGCAUAGAACUCAAAGUAUGCCUCAACUAUUAGAAGAUAAAGAUAGCGUAGUACCGGAAUGCUUGCAUAACGUAGGAGUUGCUGCAGUUCCCAAACACGAUACGACUCAAAGAAUUUACGGUCCACCCAAACCACCAAGACUUGAAAAAAAUCCCUUAGAUAGGAGAGAAGUUUCUAGACCUAGUUACAAAUCGGAUGAGAUACCAAUUGACAGAGAUGAGUUAAUAGAAGGAAAACUUGAAUUUGAAAAUAUAUCAAGGGUGGUUGAUGAACAAAGCAGGGAAGACAGAGGGCUGGGAGAUGGACGUUCAGCAAAUGAAACACAAGUACAGCUGCGACGCACUGCUCGUCGACGAGAACCUCGGAGGCACACCUUGCAGAACGGCGUCGAUUAUAAUCUUUUAAAGAGAAUGAAGCAAAUCGAACAGGAGAAAGAUGUAUUACUACAGGGGUUGUCAGCAGUCGAGGACGCUCGCGAAUGGUACUUGAAGCAACUUGCAGAUGUUCAAGAUAAGAUGCGCUACGCGGGAAGAAUGGGAACAUAUGUGGAACCGUGGAACGAAGCACACCAAGAAAGAUUAGAAUUACUAAAAGCACGUGUAUUGGAACUCAAUAGGCAACUUGGUGCAUUAGCAGCUGGAUGGCGACAUGGUCCACUCUCGCUGCACAUGAACCUGGCUCUUCCCACAGCAGCGCUGCACAAUUCACCUUCCAAUUCGCCAAACAAUGCCGCAGUGCUCAGAUCACAAAAUCGUAUGCUCGCCGAGGAGGUCAAUCGAAAAAAUGAAAGAAUAUCAAUUUUGGAGAAGGAAAAGUCAGCUCUUAUUAGAGAAUUACUAGUUCAAAGAAACAGAACAAAACUAAUGGAAAAUUAUAACUGA